AUGGAAUCACAAAUAAUUUUAACAGAAUGGAAAGAAUUUGGAACGAUUGGUGGGUAUAUUCAAGCUGAAAUAUUACACUUACUUCAACUUGUUUUAUUCAAUCAACGUUGGGAUAUAGAUGAAAAUGUUACUAUAAACCUAAUUCGUGACCUUUUCAACACAUGGUAUUCUUCGUCUGUUCCAGAAGGAUUGACUUCGCAAAUAGUACAGGCAUUGGGACAAAAGGUAGAUGACAAUAUCUUACCUUCGCUAUCCACCGCGUUAAUAUCCCCAUCAACAUUUUCAUCACCUCUACCAUCGGUACUUUCUGACGAGCUAAUUGUCAUUGGUGCCGGUCAAAUGAGAACUGGGACAACAAGUUUAAAGGCUGCCUUACAGAUGUUGUAUAAUCAACCGUGUUAUCAUAUGUCUGAUGUUGUCAAUCACUAUAAAGAAUCACAUAUACAAAAAUGGUUACAUUUAUUCAACGAAAUGAAUAAGUCCAGCGAUAAAAAUUGUAUUUUAAAUGAAGCUUACUGGAAAGAUAUUUAUGGAGAAUGCAAAUUUGCUGUUGACUAUCCAACUUGUUUAUUCUACAAGGAAUUGAUGAAGAUCUAUCCAAACGCUAAGGUGAUCCUGACAAUUCGUGGUGCUGAUUCAUGGGUGUCAAGUUGUCGAGCUACAACCGCUUCAGAUCUUGUUAUGAAGAAACACCCAUCGUUUACAGAAUGUUUAAUCUAUCGACUACGUGGAAUUAAAAGUUUACCAAAAUUGCAUGAUAAAAUGUUCAGUCAAGCAUUUGGCACUAAUUAUGAUACAAUGACAAAUGAUGAAUUAAAACAAGUCUACCUUCAAUGGAAUCAAAAUGUUAUUGACUCUGUGCCAAGUGAUCGUUUACUAGUUUUUAAUCUUGUACAAGGAUGGGAACCAUUAUGUGAAUUUCUUCAGAUCCCUGUUCCUCAAGAUAUAAAUUUUCCUCAUUUAAAUAAAGGUGCUGAUAUGAGAAGAAACUUAUUGAAAUAUCGAUAUUUAGCACAAUUUAUGAACUUUCUUAUAGUUGGUUCAUUUUCCAUGCUGAUAUGUUACUUUCACACUACAGAAUUCUUUGUAUGUGCUAUUACAUCAAUUUACCCAUCAUCAUCAUCAUCAUCAUCAUCAUCAUCAUCAUCAUCAUCAUCAUCAUCAUCAUCAUCAUCAUCAUCAUCAUCAUCAUCAUCAUCAUCAUCAUCAUCAUCAUCAUCAUCAUCAUCAUCAUCAUCAUCAUCAUCAUCAUCAUCAUCAUCAUCAUCAUCAUCAUCAUCAUCAUCAUCAUCAUCAUCAUCAUCAUCAUCAUCAUCAUCAUCAUCAUCAUCAUCAUCAUCAUCAUCAUCAUCAUCAUCAUCAUCAUCAUCAUCAUCAUCAUCAUCAUCAUCAUCAUCAUCAUCAUCAUCAUCAUCAUCAUCAUCAUCAUCAUCAUCAUCAUCAUCAUCAUCAUCAUCAUCAUCAUCAUCAUCAUCAUCAUCAUCAUCAUCAUCAUCAUCAUCAUCAUCAUCAUCAUCAUCAUCAUCAUCAUCAUCAUCAUCAUCAUCAUCAUCAUCAUCAUCAUCAUCAUCAUCAUCAUCAUCAUCAUCAUCAUCAUCAUCAUCAUCAUCAUCAUCAUCAUCAUCAUCAUCAUCAUCAUCAUCAUCAUCAUCAUCAUCAUCAUCAUCAUCAUCAUCAUCAUCAUCAUCAUCAUCAUCAUCAUCAUCAUCAUCAUCAUCAUCAUCAUCAUCAUCAUCAUCAUCAUCAUCAUCAUCAUCAUCAUCAUCAUCAUCAUCAUCAUCAUCAUCAUCAUCAUCAUCAUCAUCAUCAUCAUCAUCAUCAUCAUCAUCAUCAUCAUCAUCAUCAUCAUCAUCAUCAUCAUCAUCAUCAUCAUCAUCAUCAUCAUCAUCAUCAUCAUCAUCAUCAUCAUCAUCAUCAUCAUCAUCAUCAUCAUCAUCAUCAUCAUCAUCAUCAUCAUCAUCAUCAUCAUCAUCAUCAUCAUCAUCAUCAUCAUCAUCAUCAUCAUCAUCAUCAUCAUCAUCAUCAUCAUCAUCAUCAUCAUCAUCAUCAUCAUCAUCAUCAUCAUCAUCAUCAUCAUCAUCAUCAUCAUCAUCAUCAUCAUCAUCAUCAUCAUCAUCAUCAUCAUCAUCAUCAUCAUCAUCAUCAUCAUCAUCAUCAUCAUCAUCAUCAUCAUCAUCAUCAUCAUCAUCAUCAUCAUCAUCAUCAUCAUCAUCAUCAUCAUCAUCAUCAUCAUCAUCAUCAUCAUCAUCAUCAUCAUCAUCAUCAUCAUCAUCAUCAUCAUCAUCAUCAUCAUCAUCAUCAUCAUCAUCAUCAUCAUCAUCAUCAUCAUCAUCAUCAUCAUCAUCAUCAUCAUCAUCAUCAUCAUCAUCAUCAUCAUCAUCAUCAUCAUCAUCAUCAUCAUCAUCAUCAUCAUCAUCAUCAUCAUCAUCAUCAUCAUCAUCAUCAUCAUCAUCAUCAUCAUCAUCAUCAUCAUCAUCAUCAUCAUCAUCAUCAUCAUCAUCAUCAUCAUCAUCAUCAUCAUCAUCAUCAUCAUCAUCAUCAUCAUCAUCAUCAUCAUCAUCAUCAUCAUCAUCAUCAUCAUCAUCAUCAUCAUCAUCAUCAUCAUCAUCAUCAUCAUCAUCAUCAUCAUCAUCAUCAUCAUCAUCAUCAUCAUCAUCAUCAUCAUCAUCAUCAUCAUCAUCAUCAUCAUCAUCAUCAUCAUCAUCAUCAUCAUCAUCAUCAUCAUCAUCAUCAUCAUCAUCAUCAUCAUCAUCAUCAUCAUCAUCAUCAUCAUCAUCAUCAUCAUCAUCAUCAUCAUCAUCAUCAUCAUCAUCAUCAUCAUCAUCAUCAUCAUCAUCAUCAUCAUCAUCAUCAUCAUCAUCAUCAUCAUCAUCAUCAUCAUCAUCAUCAUCAUCAUCAUCAUCAUCAUCAUCAUCAUCAUCAUCAUCAUCAUCAUCAUCAUCAUCAUCAUCAUCAUCAUCAUCAUCAUCAUCAUCAUCAUCAUCAUCAUCAUCAUCAUCAUCAUCAUCAUCAUCAUCAUCAUCAUCAUCAUCAUCAUCAUCAUCAUCAUCAUCAUCAUCAUCAUCAUCAUCAUCAUCAUCAUCAUCAUCAUCAUCAUCAUCAUCAUCAUCAUCAUCAUCAUCAUCAUCAUCAUCAUCAUCAUCAUCAUCAUCAUCAUCAUCAUCAUCAUCAUCAUCAUCAUCAUCAUCAUCAUCAUCAUCAUCAUCAUCAUCAUCAUCAUCAUCAUCAUCAUCAUCAUCAUCAUCAUCAUCAUCAUCAUCAUCAUCAUCAUCAUCAUCAUCAUCAUCAUCAUCAUCAUCAUCAUCAUCAUCAUCAUCAUCAUCAUCAUCAUCAUCAUCAUCAUCAUCAUCAUCAUCAUCAUCAUCAUCAUCAUCAUCAUCAUCAUCAUCAUCAUCAUCAUCAUCAUCAUCAUCAUCAUCAUCAUCAUCAUCAUCAUCAUCAUCAUCAUCAUCAUCAUCAUCAUCAUCAUCAUCAUCAUCAUCAUCAUCAUCAUCAUCAUCAUCAUCAUCAUCAUCAUCAUCAUCAUCAUCAUCAUCAUCAUCAUCAUCAUCAUCAUCAUCAUCAUCAUCAUCAUCAUCAUCAUCAUCAUCAUCAUCAUCAUCAUCAUCAUCAUCAUCAUCAUCAUCAUCAUCAUCAUCAUCAUCAUCAUCAUCAUCAUCAUCAUCAUCAUCAUCAUCAUCAUCAUCAUCAUCAUCAUCAUCAUCAUCAUCAUCAUCAUCAUCAUCAUCAUCAUCAUCAUCAUCAUCAUCAUCAUCAUCAUCAUCAUCAUCAUCAUCAUCAUCAUCAUCAUCAUCAUCAUCAUCAUCAUCAUCAUCAUCAUCAUCAUCAUCAUCAUCAUCAUCAUCAUCAUCAUCAUCAUCAUCAUCAUCAUCAUCAUCAUCAUCAUCAUCAUCAUCAUCAUCAUCAUCAUCAUCAUCAUCAUCAUCAUCAUCAUCAUCAUCAUCAUCAUCAUCAUCAUCAUCAUCAUCAUCAUCAUCAUCAUCAUCAUCAUCAUCAUCAUCAUCAUCAUCAUCAUCAUCAUCAUCAUCAUCAUCAUCAUCAUCAUCAUCAUCAUCAUCAUCAUCAUCAUCAUCAUCAUCAUCAUCAUCAUCAUCAUCAUCAUCAUCAUCAUCAUCAUCAUCAUCAUCAUCAUCAUCAUCAUCAUCAUCAUCAUCAUCAUCAUCAUCAUCAUCAUCAUCAUCAUCAUCAUCAUCAUCAUCAUCAUCAUCAUCAUCAUCAUCAUCAUCAUCAUCAUCAUCAUCAUCAUCAUCAUCAUCAUCAUCAUCAUCAUCAUCAUCAUCAUCAUCAUCAUCAUCAUCAUCAUCAUCAUCAUCAUCAUCAUCAUCAUCAUCAUCAUCAUCAUCAUCAUCAUCAUCAUCAUCAUCAUCAUCAUCAUCAUCAUCAUCAUCAUCAUCAUCAUCAUCAUCAUCAUCAUCAUCAUCAUCAUCAUCAUCAUCAUCAUCAUCAUCAUCAUCAUCAUCAUCAUCAUCAUCAUCAUCAUCAUCAUCAUCAUCAUCAUCAUCAUCAUCAUCAUCAUCAUCAUCAUCAUCAUCAUCAUCAUCAUCAUCAUCAUCAUCAUCAUCAUCAUCAUCAUCAUCAUCAUCAUCAUCAUCAUCAUCAUCAUCAUCAUCAUCAUCAUCAUCAUCAUCAUCAUCAUCAUCAUCAUCAUCAUCAUCAUCAUCAUCAUCAUCAUCAUCAUCAUCAUCAUCAUCAUCAUCAUCAUCAUCAUCAUCAUCAUCAUCAUCAUCAUCAUCAUCAUCAUCAUCAUCAUCAUCAUCAUCAUCAUCAUCAUCAUCAUCAUCAUCAUCAUCAUCAUCAUCAUCAUCAUCAUCAUCAUCAUCAUCAUCAUCAUCAUCAUCAUCAUCAUCAUCAUCAUCAUCAUCAUCAUCAUCAUCAUCAUCAUCAUCAUCAUCUCAUCAUCAUCAUCAUCAUCAUCAUCAUCAUCAUCAUCAUCAUCAUCAUCAUCAUCAUCAUCAUCAUCAUCAUCAUCAUCAUCAUCAUCAUCAUCAUCAUCAUCAUCAUCAUCAUCAUCAUCAUCAUCAUCAUCAUCAUCAUCAUCAUCAUCAUCAUCAUCAUCAUCAUCAUCAUCAUCAUCAUCAUCAUCAUCAUCAUCAUCAUCAUCAUCAUCAUCAUCAUCAUCAUCAUCAUCAUCAUCAUCAUCAUCAUCAUCAUCAUCAUCAUCAUCAUCAUCAUCAUCAUCAUCAUCAUCAUCAUCAUCAUCAUCAUCAUCAUCAUCAUCAUCAUCAUCAUCAUCAUCAUCAUCAUCAUCAUCAUCAUCAUCAUCAUCAUCAUCAUCAUCAUCAUCAUCAUCAUCAUCAUCAUCAUCAUCAUCAUCAUCAUCAUCAUCAUCAUCAUCAUCAUCAUCAUCAUCAUCAUCAUCAUCAUCAUCAUCAUCAUCAUCAUCAUCAUCAUCAUCAUCAUCAUCAUCAUCAUCAUCAUCAUCAUCAUCAUCAUCAUCAUCAUCAUCAUCAUCAUCAUCAUCAUCAUCAUCAUCAUCAUCAUCAUCAUCAUCAUCAUCAUCAUCAUCAUCAUCAUCAUCAUCAUCAUCAUCAUCAUCAUCAUCAUCAUCAUCAUCAUCAUCAUCAUCAUCAUCAUCAUCAUCAUCAUCAUCAUCAUCAUCAUCAUCAUCAUCAUCAUUCAUUCAUUCAUUUAUUCAUUCAUUCAUUCAUUCAUUCUUUCAUUCAUUCAUUCAUUCAUUCAUUCAUUCAUUCCUUCAAUCAAUCACUCGAUUUUGAUGGUGAUGAAGAUGAUCUGGAAAUUGAAGAAGAAAAUCUCAUUGUCAAUAGUAUGACACGUUUGGUAAUGUAG